GCGGGAACGACGGGCCAAUCAGAGCGCGCCAGGGGUGUAGCCAUCGCUACUUAUUGUACUGCUAAGUGGCCGCUGAUCUCGCCUGACGCAGAUCUCCUCCAUCGGGUCGUUCGCAGGGAGCCUCACAGCAUCAAAACGCAACAUGUCGAUGAAAGAUGUCCCACGUGAGCCGGAGCAGCUCCGCAAGCUGUUUAUCGGAGGUUUGAGCUUCGAGACCACAGACGAGAGUCUGCGAGCUCAUUUCGAGAAAUGGGGGAGCCUCACAGACUGUGUGGUCAUGAGGGACCCCAACACCAAGCGGUCCAGGGGCUUUGGAUUUGUCACAUACUCAUCGGUGCAAGAAGUUGAUGACGCCAUGAAUGAUCGCCCCCAUAAGGUUGAUGGGCGUGUGGUGGAGCCGAAACGAGCUGUUUCUAGAGAGGAUUCAAACCGACCAGGUGCUCAUGUAACGGUAAAGAAAAUCUUUGUUGGAGGCAUCAAGGAAGAUACGGAGGAGUGUCACCUGCGUGACUACUUCCAGCAGUUUGGCAAGAUCGAGGUCAUUGACAUCAUGACUGAUCGUGCUACGGGAAAAAAGAGGGGCUUUGCCUUUGUCACGUUUGAUGACCACGAUUCAGUCGACAGGAUUGUCAUCCAGAAGUAUCACACGGUGAACAGCCACAACUGCGAAGUCAGGAAGGCCCUUACAAAGCAAGAGAUGCAGACAGCAGGCAUGGGUCGCAGCAGUGGUGGAAGGCCAUACGAUUAUGACAGGGGCUUCCAACAGGGUGGUAGGGGCGGGGGUAGAUACGGAGAUGGUCCUUACAAUUGCAAUGGAGGCGACGGUGGCUAUGGAGGUGGCCCUAGCGGUCCUGGUGGAUAUAACAAUGGCGGCAACCGUGGAUACAAUCAAGGCUACAACCAGGGCGGAGGUGGUGGCGGUGGAGGCUAUGGAGGAAACGGAUAUGAGAGCAAUGGCUAUGGAAACUGUGGUGGUGGUGGAGGAGGAGGCGGCGGUGGUGGCGGCGGCGGCAACUACAACAACAUGGGCCACUACGACCCCCAGGCGUCCAACUUCGGCCCAAUGAAGAACAACUUUGGUGGUGGUGGCGGUGGCGGCAGCAGUGGUAGGAACUUCGGUGGCUACGGAGGUGGCUCCAACAGUGGAUACGGCCGUCCGGGGCGAUUUUAAAGUGAACUGGACUGAGUACUUAGGAGAGGAGAGCAAGGAGAGGAGAGCAAGCGAAGUGACAGGGCAGCUGCAGGUUUACCUCCUAAAUCUGCUCAGCCAAACAUUUGUGGCAGGUUACAGCUGCUGCAAGAGAUGUACAGUAGAUGUAUCAUGGAGGGUCUUCAUUUAAAGAUUUGUUUUUUCUGUUCAUCAAGAUGUGUCUGGAAAGAAAGCAUUCCAAUGAGGUUUUAUGUAGAUUUUUCUUUGCGUCUGGUUUUAUUUGUAACUGCAUCAAGUCAAGCUGAAAUAAACCAACUUUCAGUUGUUUUUUACAAAA